AUGCAACGUAACCAGACUCCCUUUGCCCUGUUUCUGAAACACCUGAAGGAAACAUCUGAUGGGUUGACUCGGUGCCAUCCUUGGUCCCAUCGCUGUGACACGUUGUGCAAGCAAAGCAUCAGAGGCUCAUCCCUGUCUGUGGGAGCUGAGUGCUCAGAAAACAGGCACUGGCAGAGCGGCCCCCGGGGAUUCCAGGACCUGAGUUCCGGGAGCCGGACUCGCAGCGGCCACGGCAGAGCGAGCGGGCGCCGGGAAGCGAGAAGGAGACGCCCGCCGGAGGCCCAGCUGCCCAGAGCAACUGGCAUGGCCCAAGCCAUGGCCGCCGCGUGGCUGCUGCUGCUGCUGCUGCUGGUGGCGCUACUGGUGCUGUCCUGGCCAACCCCAGGAACCGGGGACGUCGUCGUGCAGGCGCCCACCCAGGUGCCCGGCUUCUUGGGCGACUCCGUGACUCUGCCCUGCUACCUACAGGUGCCCAGAAUGGAGGUGACGCACGUGUCACAGCUGACUUGGGCGCGGCAUGGUGAAUCUGGCAGCAUGGCCGUCUUCCACCAAACGCAGGGCCCCAGCUAUUCGGAGUCCAAACGGCUGGAAUUCGUGGCCGCCAGACUGGGCGCGGAGCUGCGGGAUGCCUCGCUGAGGAUGUUCGGGUUGCGUGUGGAGGAUGAAGGCAACUACACCUGCCUGUUCGUCGCGUUCCCGCAGGGCAGCAGGAGCGUGGAUAUCUGGCUCCGAGUGCUUGCCAAGCCCCAGAACACAGCUGAGGUUCAGAAGGUGCAGCUCACCGGAGAGCCGGUGCCCGUGGCCCGCUGUGUCUCCACAGGGGGUCGCCCGCCGGCGCAAAUCAUCUGGCACUCAGACCUGGGCGGGAUGCCCAAUACAAGCCAGGUGCCAGGGUUCCUGUCUGGCACAGUCACUGUCACCAGCCUCUGGAUUUUGGUGCCCUCAAGCCAGGUGGACGGCAAGAGUGUGACCUGCAAGGUGGAGCACGAGAGCUUUGAGAAGCCUCAGCUGCUGACUGUGAACCUCACCGUGUACUACCCCCCAGAGGUAUCCAUCUCUGGCUAUGAUAACAACUGGUACCUCGGCCAGAAUGAGGCCACGCUGACCUGCGACGCUCGCAGCAACCCAGAGCCCACAGGCUAUAACUGGAGCACGACCAUGGGUCCCCUGCCACCCUUUGCUGUGGCCCAGGGCGCCCAGCUGCUGAUCCGUCCUGUGGACAAACCAAUCAACACAACCUUAAUCUGCAACGUCACCAAUGCCCUAGGAGCUCGCCAGGCAGAACUGACCGUCCAGGUCAAAGAGGGACCUCCCAGUGAGCACUCAGGCAUGUCCAGUAAGGACAUCACCUUCCUGAUUCUGGGAAUCGCGAUUUCUCUGAUCCUGCUGCUGGGGAUCGGGUUUUAUUGCUAUUGGUCCAGACGUUCCUGUGAGUUCCUUUGGCACCGUCAUCUGUCUCCCUCGAGUAAUGAGCAUGCCAACGCCUCGGCUAAUGGGCACGUCUCCUAUUCAGCUGUGAGCAGAGAGGAUCCACAGACAGAGGGCACAAGGUGACAGCAUCAGGACUGAGAGGGGAGAGGGACUGGAGCUGGCAAGGACAUGGGCCUCCAGAGUUGGACCCCACCCCAAUGGAUGAAGACCGCCUCCAAAGAGACCACCCUCCCUCCCUGUGCCAGACCUCAAAACAAGGGGGGCAGGUGCAAGUUCAGAGGUCUCCAAGACCACCCUCUGUUCAUUUGCUAGAAGGACUCACUAGACUCAGGAAAGCUGUUAGGCUCACAGUUACAGUUUAUUACAGUAAAAGGACAGAGAUUAAGAUCAGCAAAGGGAGGAGGUGCACAGCACACGUUCCAGGACAGAUGAGGCACCAGCUUCCAGCUGCCCUCUCCCAGUGGAGCCGUAUAGGCAGCACCUGAUUCUCACAGCAACAUGUGACAACAUGCAAGAAGUACUGCCAAAGAGAGCAGCUCACUCGAGAUCUUCGUGUCCAGAGUUUUUUGUUUGUCUUGAGACAGGGUCUGGCUCUGUUGGCAGACUGGAGUAUGGUGGUGGGAUCACAGUUCAUUGCAGCCUUGACUUCUCAACUCCAAGUCAUCCUCCCACCUCAGCCUCCUGAGUAGCUACGACUACAGGUAUGUGCCACCACGUCUGGCUAAUCUUUUUAUUAUUUGUAGAGUCGAGGUCUCCCUGUGUUGCCCAGGCUGGUCUUGAACUCUUGGCUUCAAGUGAUACUUCUGCCUUGGCCUCCCAAAGUGCUGAAUUAAGCAGCUCACCAUCCACACGGUUGACCUCAUACAUCAAGCCAAUACCGUGUGGCCCAAGACCCCCACCAUAAAUCACAUCACUAGCAUGAACCACCCAGAGUGGCCCAAGACUCUCAGAUCAGCCACCAGGCAGGAUAUUCCAAGGGCUUAGAGAUGAAUGCCCAGGAGCUGAGGAUAAAGGGCCCGAUCUUUCUUUGGGCAAGGUUAAGCCUUUACUGCAUAGCAGACCACACAGAAGGGUGUGGAUCACCAGAGAAUUUCGGUAAAAAUUUGGCCUCUGGCCUUGAGCUUCUAAAUCUCUGUAUCUGUCAGAUCUCUGUGGUUACAAGAAACAGCCACUGACCCUGGUCACCAGAGGCUGCAAUUCAGGCCGCAAGCAGCUGCCUGGGGGGUGUCCAAGGAGCCGAGAAAACUACUAGAUGUGAACUUGAAGAAGGUUGUCAGCUGCAGCCACUUUCUGCCAGCAUCUGCAGCCAGCAAGCUGGGACUGGCAGGAAAUAACCCACAAAAGAAGCAAAUGUUUUUUCCAACACAAGGGGGAAGGGAUGCAGCGGGAGGCAGCGCUGCAGUUGCUCAGGACACGCUCCGAUAGGACCAAGAUGGAUGCGACCCAAGACCCAGGAGGCCCAGCUGCUCGGUGCAACUGACAAGUUAAAAAGGUCUAUGAUCUUGAGGGCAGACACCAGAAUUCCUCUUAUAAAGAAAAGCGUUUGGGAAGAUACCUUGAGGGAGAGAAGACUUUGGGCCAAGAUGCUAAAUGGGAAUGCAAUGUUUGAGCUGCUCUGCAAGAGAAAAUAAGCAGGACGGAGGAUUUGCUCUGGACAGAGAUGGAAGAACGGGGAACAGAGAAGUGUGGGGAAGAGAUAGGAACCAGCAGGAUGGCAGGGGCAAAGGGCUCAAGGGUGAGGAGGCCGGUGGGACCCCACAGAGUUGGGGAGACAAAGAAACAUUGGUUGCUUUGGUGGCACAUAAGCUCCUUGUCUGUCUCCUGCGCCCAGAAUCUCAUUAAAGUUUAUUUAUUGUACCUCCA